CCGGCGCGGCGGGCGCGGCCCCGGGCAGUGGCGCGCGGCGGCGGGCGGGGCCGGUCACCGGUAACAUGGCGGAGAGCGACUGGGACACGGUCACGGUGCUGCGCAAGAAGGGCCCCAGCGCGGCCCAAGCCAAGUCCAAGCAGGCGAUCCUGGCAGCCCAGCGGCGCGGAGAGGAUGUGGAGACCUCCAAGAAGUGGGCAGCAGGCCAGAACAAACAACACUUUAUUACAAAGAACACGGCCAAGCUCGACCGAGAGACUGAAGAGCUGCACCAUGACAGAGUUCCCCUGGAGGUGGGCAAAGUGAUCCAGCAGGGCCGGCAGAGCAAGGGCAUGACACAGAAGGACUUGGCCACGAAAAUCAAUGAAAAACCACAAGUUAUUGCUGACUACGAAUCUGGAAGAGCAAUCCCCAACAACCAGGUUAUGGGCAAGAUUGAAAGAGCCAUUGGCCUUAAACUGCGUGGGAAGGAUAUUGGAAAACCGCUGGAAACCGGCCCCAAAGGGAAAUGACAACAAAGCCUCGAAAUCAGUUUCUUCAGACUGAUCCCACCUGGCUGGUUCUCCUCGUCCACCAGGAUCUCUCUGCAUUGCCAAGCUGAACAAGAGGGUUACAGACUUGCUUUGGGGGGGAAAUCUGCCGAAUCUGUUCCUGCUGUAAAAAGACAACCUUAAAGAAGCGA